AUGUCGAACUUAAGGCAAUAUCAAAUGAAGUACACCAUCGCCCUCUACUCUUUCCUCGCCGUCGCGACAGCGGCCAACCUGCCCAGCACGAACCCCGACACCGUGGACGUCGUUGCCCGUGACGAGGGCCACGCCGAGCACGGCACCGGCGCCGGAGACGAUGGGCACGGCCUGGAAAAGAGGAGGCGCGGUUGCCGCAGGAAUUGCCAUUCCUUCACGAGCGACGAGGAUAUUCUGAACACGACGUCGGACGCUAGCGCGGUUAUGAACCUGAACCUCGGCGCCCUUGUUGCGGGCGUGGCCGGUGCGGGUUUCGGUGCUAUCUUCCUUUAG